GCACAGGGAGAGAGGAUGGAGAGCACGGAGAAGGGCGGGAGAGCACGGCGAGGGGCUGAGGCGUCCGGCGGGGAUGCCGGGGGGAGCGGGGCGGGCCGGGGCAGCGCGUCCGGGGGGAGGAGGUGCCGCCGCCCGUUCCCCUUCCCUCGCUCUCCGGAGCGAGCAGCCCGGGGCCGCCCCGUGCCUUUAAAGGCUCCUCCUCCGGCGCGGAGGGGACCCGGCCCCGCCGGUCCGGCCCGAGGGCUGCGCCGGGAGCGCGGCGGGGAGCGCACGGCGGGGCGCGGGGCCGGUGCCCGCAGCCGGGCCGAGAUGAGCCCCCUCCCCGCGGGCAACGGCAGCGCCUGGGGGGGCUCCGGCAACUGCAGCGGGGCCGGCAGCCUGGGCCGGCAGUGGGUGCUGGGGACCGCCAUCAGCCUCACCGUCCUGGUCACCGUGGCCGGGAACUUGCUGGUGAUUGUGGCCAUCGCCAAGACGCCGCGGCUGCAGACCAUGACCAACGUCUUCAUCACCUCGCUGGCGUGCGCCGACCUCAUCAUGGGCUUGCUGGUGGUGCCGCCGGGGGCCACCAUCCUGCUGAGCGGUCACUGGCCCUACGGCACCACGGUGUGCGAGCUGUGGACCUCGCUGGACGUGCUGUGCGUCACGGCCAGCAUCGAGACGCUGUGCGCCAUCGCCGUGGAUCGCUACCUGGCCAUCACCUCCCCGCUGCAGUACGAGGCGCUGGUGACCAAAAGCCGGGCCCGGGCCGUGGUGUGCCUGGUGUGGGCCAUCUCUGCCUUCAUCUCCUUCCUGCCCAUCAUGAACCACUGGUGGCGGGACGGGGCGGACGAGCGGGCGGCGCGCUGCUACGAGGACCCGCGCUGCUGCGACUUUGUCACCAACGUGACCUACGCCAUCGUCUCCUCCACCAUCUCCUUCUAUGUGCCCCUGCUCGUCAUGAUCUUCGUCUACGUGCGAGUCUUCGCCGUGGCCUCGCGGCACGUGCAGCUCAUCGGCAAGGACAAGGUGAGGUUCCUGCAGGAGCCGCCCAGCCCCACGGGCAGGAGCAGCCGGCGCAGGCGGCCCUCCCGUCUGCUGGCCAUCAAGGAGCACAAGGCGCUCAAAACCCUGGGCAUCAUCAUGGGCGUCUUCACUCUCUGCUGGCUGCCCUUCUUCGUGGCCAACAUCAUCAAGGUCUUCUGCCGCUCGCUGGUGCCCGACCAGCUCUUUCUCUUCCUCAACUGGCUGGGCUACAUCAACUCGGCCUUCAACCCCAUCAUCUACUGCCGCAGCCCCGACUUCAGGAGCGCCUUCCGCAAGCUGCUGUGCUGCCCGCGCCGCGCCGACCGCCGGCUCCACGCCGUCUCACAGGACCUGCAGCGCUGCCCCUGCGCCUUCAGCCCUCGGGGGGGUCCCGCAGGGGACAGCAAGGCGGCCCCCGGGCGCCCCGGCGAGGACGGCGAGGCUCGGGGCAGCGGCAGCAGAACAGAGGAGACGACUCUGCCGCAGGGCGGUGGCCACCGGCAGCGGCCCCCGGGCGAGUCCCGGCUGCAGGGCGCGCAGACCUCGCUGUGUUCCCAGCUGCACGAAUUUGCUGAGGGAGAGACGCCCGCGGGUCCGUCCGACUGACUGAGAGCAGCCGAGAGCCGGGAGGAGAGCGCUUCCCCCGGCCGGGUCAUCGUCGCUCCGGCCUCUCCUCUGCCCGCCUUGGCCGCCACCCUCCCCGGGGACCGGAGCCCGUGGCCAGCCCCAGGCUGCUGCCCGGGUUCGGGCACGGCCGGGGUUGCAGAAGCAGCGCCGGGGGUGACGGUGCUGGCAGGAGCCUGUGGUGCCUGCACCCACCCGGAGAGGAGGAGGAGGAGGAGGAGGAGGAUCUCCCUUGGGAGCGCUGGUGGUUUGGGACAGCACCAGCUCCUGCGUGCCGUCGCUGCUGGAGACCUGGAGCUGGGGAAAAGCUCUGGAGCUGCUCACCAAGGCGCAGCACAACCUCAGGGAUGUGUGGACAGGGGACAAACUCCCAUCUGGGGUGUUCCUGGCACGGCUGGCAGUGGGAUGUGGAGACUGCCAGCUCUGCUUUCUUGAAGGACAAAGGACCCUGUUGUCCCAGGCUUGGCCAGUUUCGGACAGUCUGCUGAGGAGGAGAGAGGAGCCUCCUGCAGGCUCAAGCCCUUCCCAGGACUUCCACCCCUGCCCCAGCUGCUGCAUUCCGGGGCUGAGCGCAAUCCAGGAGCUGCGGCGAUGCCUUCAGCAAAGGAAAAGCUCAGGGGAGCGAGGGCAGCUCCGAGCACGGAGCCCUUCCAAACGCAGGGACCGGGACCGGGAUCGGGCCGGGUCUCUCGGCAGCUUCCCCCUCUCGUUUGGGACGGUGUCCGUGCCCCUGGGGGACGGAGGUGGAUUCUCAUCUCCCACGAGUGCAGACGUGCCCUGCCCACGCUGCGCUGCCCCGCAGCACCUCGGGCACAAGCUGGUGUCAGCACGUUCAGCGACUGCACAGUUUCUGUCCCGGUUUGUGUCCCCCCGCCGUGUGAAAUAAACCUCUGGAUGUCU